AUGAUUGGAAGCUCUAGUAUUUGGAGAAAGUUCAUUCCUCAUUUAAGAGUCCUACCUGAGGACCAAAUUGAUAGUGCUGUUAGCGAUAGCUGCGACACUGUCCAUGACGAUGAGGAUUCGUCCAUCGUUGUUCAAAGAGAAUCUAUUGAAUUAGACCAUGUUAAGAAAGACUUACAUUCAGAUGAUGCCGAGGCCAAACUCUCACUAUCCAGUUCAUCUGUCAACAUGUUACAAAAGGAUAUCCCAUACGAACUUAGAGAUGAAGCUAAUCGUAAAUGGUGGAAAUACUUUGAUGAGUUUGAAUACAGAGUCAAUAAAGAAUACUUAACUUCCAGAAAAUGGUACGAAUUUCUUUAUCCAAACCAUACAACUCAUAGCAAAGCUGAAAGAAGAUUACUCUACAAAUUGGAUUUGGUCAUAGGUGUUUAUUUCUUAGCUCUUUGUUGGUCAAAAUCUCUGGAUUCCAAUAAUUUUACCAAUGCCUAUGUAUCCAACAUGAAGGAAGAUCUGCACAUGGAAGGUAAUGAUUAUAUCCAUACAACUUCAAUUGCAAACGUUGGUGCAAUAGUCUUCCAAUUACCUUUCAUGUAUUUGUUACCAAGAUAUCCUGCUCACAUUAUUUUACCAGCCAUGGAUAUGGGUUGGUCCUGGUUUACCUUUGCCUGUUACCGUGCUAAAACUCUUGCUGAAUUAAGAGGAUACCAAUUCAUCCUAAAUGCCUUUGGAGCCGCUUACUAUCCUGUUUCUCAAUAUAUUCUUGGGUGCUGGUAUGCUCCUGAUGAAAUAAGUUCCAGAGUCUUUUUAUUUUUUUGUGGUCAGUUACUAGGUGGUGUUACAUCAGGUCUUUUACAGGCACGUAUUUUCGAAAAUUUAGAUGGUGUUAAUGGUCUUGCUGGUUGGAGAUGGAUGUUUCUUAUUAAUGCCAUAGCCAUUUCGAUCCCAACUGCAAUCAUGGGAUUUUUUGUUAUUCCUGGGAUUCCAUCUAAAUGCUAUUCGCUUUUCUUAACAGAUGAGGAAAUCCGUAUUGCUCGUGCAAGAAAUAGAAGAAAUCAAAUUAAUGACGGUGUGGACACUUCUAAAUUAACCUCACUUUUUAAAUUAGAUGUCUGGAAGAAAGUCUUUUGUGCCCCUACUUUUUGGGUCUUAGUGAUAUUUGAUACGUGUUCAUGGAAUAAUAUGACUGCUUUCAGUGGGUCAUACACUUUAUGGUUGAAAUCCAAUACAAAUUAUAGUAUAGCCCGAGUCAACAAUUUAAGUGUUCUUCCAGCCUGUUUAGGGUUUGCUUAUGUCUUUGUUUGUUCUCUAGGUGCGGAUUUAUUUCAUUGUAAAUGGAUUUUCAUGGUAUUCUCAGCAAUUAUGAAUUGUAUUUCCUGUGGACUAUUAAUUAAAUGGGAUAUUCCAUCGUCUGCUAAAUGGUUCGCAUUUCUAACAACAUAUUUCAGUGUGGCAGCAUCGCCGUGUCUAUGGUCAUUCAUAAACGAUUUUCUUAGAUUUGACCCUCAAGUUAAAGCUAUUACUUGGAUCGCCAUUUACUCUUUCUCACAAUCCACUAAUGCCUGGAUACCCAAUUUGGCUUGGCCAACUAAAGAGUCACCAAAGUUCAGAACUGGGUACAUUGUGAGCAUUGUAUUUGGUUCCAUUUAUGGUGCCUGGACGUUUGUUGUAUUGUAUUUCUACAAGAGGAACGAAAAGAAGCAUGCUUUAGGAAACGGUAUCAUUCUUUAUGAUAGUAGUAAGAAUGAAACACCACCAGCCUUUGUCGAUACUGAAAUGGAGGAAAGAGAUGGUUACUACUAUUUAAAAUAA